CAACCAUACUUCAAACUACGAGUUUGGGCGACGGCCACUUGUCGGACGCCCAAGUAACCCAACCCAAUCACAAAAUCGACAGAUACCCAGAAUACAGUUUUUCCAUCAUUCACUUGGUCUAUCUUCCCCCCUACCUCAUUCUUUGUUCGUGAUUGUGGAUCUCAUUGGGUUCCAGCCCGGACGCAUAUGACCGCCCAGGCUGGUUGGUAACACCAUCCUCAACCUCAGAUAGAAUUUCAUCUCAAACGUCGACAAAGAAGACUGCGUUUGCCAGCAUUGCUUCUUGUCUCAGUUGAUGCGAUAUAUCACACCACCGCCUCCACUUCUGUCCCAGCAUCGAUCGACUUCUGGUCAAGUGAUUUGCCGCUUUCCAUCGAGCAUCGAAAUACUACAUUUUCAACACUUCCUACGCAAUCGAGGCCAUUUACGCUAUUACACCGAUAUUCAACCAAACCACACCUGCGACUAAAACGACGGUCAGACAGACUGUCCCUUGAAAUCUUCGCCAUGGCUAUGAGUUCGCGUCUCCGGCGUGUGGCCAAGGAACUGCAAGACAUUCAAAAUGAUAAAGACAACUCCGGCGUCAUGGCAUCGGCCAUCAACGAGUCGGACCUCACACAUCUCAGAGGUUCCUUUCCGGGGCCGCCAGGAACUCCAUAUGAGGGUGGCACAUAUGUUGUAGACAUCAUAAUCCCUGACACAUACCCUUUCAAGUCACCCAUAAUGAAGUUUGAGACCAAGAUGUGGCAUCCCAAUGUCAGCAGUCAAACUGGGGUAAUUUGUCUCGACACUCUAGGAGCCGGUUGGUCUCCUGUGGGCACCAUCAAGAUGGCUCUUCUGUCUCUCCGCAUGCUUCUCGAAUCGCCCAAUCCCCGCGACCCUCAAGACGCCGAAGUCGCCAAGAUGAUGAUGGAAGAUCCCGACUACUUCAAGAUUGUUGCACACGACUGGGCUGUCAGGUACGCGGGCGCUCGUAGGACGCAACCGCCCCCUGACCAAUACGUCAGAAAGACUCCCAUCGCAGCCCAGAAGACAGCGGAGGAUCCCCGAAGGUACUGUGGCUACAACAAGGACCUGAUCGACCGCUUUGUGAGCAUGGGAUUCGAACUCGACAAGGUUGUUGAGGCUUUCCUGUUCGUCGGUAUCGACCGCAAUGGUGGCCGUGAUUAUGAGCUUGAGGAGGCAUACAUGGGCGACAUCACAGCUAGGCUUUUGGGCGAGCAGUGAAGCGGCACAAGAAAACGAAAUUCGAUGCGUGCUAGACACCGACGCCAUGUGACGAAUGACGCAGGCCACUAUGUUUGGUUUUGUUUUCAGCUUUUUGGACCUUUUCUCUUUUUACGAUUCAUUUUGCAUGUCUUGAGUUUGGGUGGGACUGGCAUAUACAUAUUAUUGGCGUUACUGUGAGGGUGGUUUUGGGUUCGGAUUCACACGUGGUCUUCAGGCCACCGCGAUAAUGGUCGCAUCUUGCUAUUUGCUUAGGUUAGAAUACCAAUUAUAUACCAUGGUCGACUUAUUGGUCUGAUGCAGGUACAGUGGGA